AUGUUUUUGCCUACAGUCGGGCGCUGUGCGCCUGGCUUCUGGAAAAAGACUGGCCAGGAACUGGGAAGAGCAACCAAAUUCGCUCUCAAUCUCGAAGGCCUGCAUCUACCUCUUGCCCCCUACCCUAUCUUCGACUUUGCAGAUCCGGAAACCAUUACAACACUGAAGACCAUGACCGACCAGUCAGUUGGCGGAUUCUCAACGGUGCAACUUACACAGAAGCCUCGCGACGUAUCUACGCACUCUCCCACUCCUGCGCACAUCCUGUUUCAUGGAAACAUUUCUACGAAGCUGCCUGCCAAUCGACCAGACAUCCAAAGGACAGGCUACGCGGCAUGGAGAAAUGAAGACCGAGGGAGAACACUAUUCGGGGAGUUGUUUUGGAACGUCGAUACCUACAUGUACCUUGCGCUGCGGGUAAAGAGUGACGGCAGGAAAUAUUUUGUCAACCUACAGACGGACUCCAUCGUAGAGUCGGACAUACACCAGCAUCGAUUGUACACUAAAUAUCACAAGGGCGCGGAGGGACCAGAUGAUCCCGGGCAAUGGGAGACCGUUUGGAUCAAACUGCACGAGUUUGUGCGAACGAAUCACGGAAUUGUCACGGAGCCACAAUCAGAGAUGUUGCGGCAGAAGGUGAAAAGCUUUGGGAUUGGCUUGAUUGACAGGCAGCCAGGCCCGUUUGAACUUGGAAUUGCUGCAAUGUGGGCGACAAACCUGAACGAAAGAGGUCAAGUUGAUGGGCGGACGGGAUGGGAAGAGGGCGAUCAGGGAAGCGCAAGAUUAAGCGAAGUGACACUGGAAAAGUUGGCACAGAAGGCCGAAGAGAAGAAGAACAUACCAGAGCAGAAGAAAAGCUUCCGCGAAAGAGUACCACAUUUUGGAAAAGUUGGUUCAGGAGAUACCAAGGCAUUCAGAUGA